AUAGUGACGACGAGUGGAUCCAACCACUCCGUGUUUCGAGUGUCGUAAAGAUUUGAUAAGUGCCGUGGCAAUUGACCGCAUUAUUCGCGCUGACAGUAAGGAUUUCGCCCGGACCUGAUCGCGCUUGUACCCAGAGUCUUAGACUCGGAGGUGCAAGGUGCUUCGGUGAACGUUUCCGAGGUGCAUCCGAAGUGCUACUUUCCCAAACAGUGUUCCAGCAAGUCCCUCGAUUAUGGGUGUUGUUAAGGUGACUCACCGUGUUCCCAGCCACCGCGGCAGCGGGAAUAUAUAAAAAUCGAAGAGGAGAUCGGACCGCCGCAAUUGAUCGCAAUUGAGGAUCAAGAACCCGAGAAAUGGAAGAUGAGGCCAACGGGAGAGAGGCUAACAAGACUUGUGGCGUAUGCGGGGACAGAGCACUCGGCUAUAAUUUCAACGCCGUUUCCUGCGAAAGCUGCAAAGCCUUCUUUCGUAGAAACGCUCUUAAGAACAAGGACUUCCGGUGCCCGUUUACGGAAAACUGUACAAUAACAGUGGUUACACGUCGUUUCUGUCAGAAGUGUCGUUUGGACAAAUGCUUCACGAUCGGUAUGCGAAAGGAUUACAUAAUGACGGAAGAAGACAAGGUCUUGAAACGUCAGAAGAUUGAACAAAACCGAGCGAAGAAGCGACCUCAGCACGACGUGACAAAAACGCCGAAGCUGAAGAGGGAGAACGUGGAGGAGAACAGCUUUGACCAGGAGUCUUCGUCGCUGCCAUUUGGGCCCCCUGAAACGUACAUAUGGGAGUCGGACCGGAAGUACACGGACCUUGACGGAAAUAGGCAGCAAGUGACGGACAGUCUGAGCCCUGUGACAGCAUCCAGCGUUCCGAGUCCUUCGAGUCCACCGGAAGGAGGAAACGUUACGGGUUCGAAGACCCUGGACAUGCUGAGGGACCAAGGCGCUGGAAGGUUCGAGCAGAACCCACCACGGUUCGAGCAAGGUCACGCAACCUUUGAAAGGGUGAUCCAAGGGCGAGGAAAGUACGUGGGAAACACGCCGCCACCAUCGGUUGAGUCCUACGAAAGCUCAGCCGGCUUCGAGGCGUGUUCCCAGAAGGUCCUUAAGCUCGAUGAGUCGGUAAUGGGGUUGCAGGGAAGUAUGGAGCCCGAAGUUUCGGGGUACAAGUCGAGCCUCGCAAGCUUGGAAGUCCGCUCCGCGACUCCUUCUGGCUCCUCGAAGUACAGUGAGUUGGUUAGAUUCGAGGGAAAUCGGUUUGGCCAACUCCAGAGCCCGACUAACUUCGGGCAAAAACCGUCGACGAUUGAUCCGGAGGGUUCGACAGACUCUAGGAUGCAAAGUUCUGAGACCAAGGUGACAGAGAGUGUGGAAACAGCCUGUCGGAAACCGAAGGAAACAUGUCCUAAGGAGUCUGAUUUGGUAUCCAAGGUGAUGCAGGAGCCCCAACUGAUCGCGAGGAUACUCAGCAAUCCUGAAUUCGCGGCGAAGAUAUUUCAGGAUCAGGGAUUCAUAUCCAAGAUCAUUACCGAUACCGAUACCGUAUCAAGGCUCGUGUCGGACCCUCAGAUAUCCAAGUUCCUCGAGGAGAGUGACGUCAGUUCUACGGAUGAUAUCGCUACUAGGUCCCAGAGCAACGUCAAGCCUCAUGCAGACUUUGAUGAGACCUUGCAGAACAAUGGCAUAUCCGAUAAUAUGAUAAGACACAUGCUUGACGCCGAACAGAAACAAGUUGAAAAUCCUAUUCUGACCAAUCUGAUCACCAACCGGAACUCGGCCGAGUGUAAAAACGCGAAUGGCGAAACGAGUGCCAGCGGCGAUUGGUCCAAAGCUGAAGACGUCGCCAGGGAUAUUCUUCAGGAUGUUCAACGGAUCCCAAUAACGGUCAAUUCGAUAGAAUCGAUACUCUGCGAGGCUAUAAAGUUGGAAUUCUCGGCGUGUUCGACACUCGGCGGAAAUCGGAACAGCAGAGAAUUAAACGACGCUGAGCGGGCGAAAUUAAACGAAUUAAUUGUCGCUAAUAAAGCUCUUUUGGCACCAUUGGACGAUGACAUCACUAAUUUGGUUGGCGAAGACUGCAGAUUCAAGGGGAACGCUGGACAGUCAGACCCAAUGCUCCUGGACGUGAUAAAUCUGACGGCAAUAGCGAUCCGAAGGUUGAUCAAAAUGUCGAAGAAGAUAAACGCGUUCAAAAAUAUGUGCCAGGAGGAUCAACUGGCUCUGUUGAAGGGUGGUUGUACCGAGAUGAUGAUCCUACGUUCGGCGAUCAAUUACGACCCGGACAAAGACAUGUGGAAGAUCCCCCACAGCCAGGAAAGAAUGUCAAAAAUAAAAGUGGACGUCCUGAAGGAAGCCAAGGGUAAUUUGUACGCGGAACACUCGAGGUUCGUCAGGACUUUCGACCCAAAAUGGAGGGACGAAAACAUCAUUCUCAUACUGAGUGCCAUAGCCCUCUUCACACCUGAUAGACCGCGCGUCAUUCAUAGUGACGUGAUAAAACUCGAACAGAACUCUUACUACUACCUGCUAAGGCGAUACUUGGAGAGUGUUUACCCCGGCUGCGAGGCUAAGUCCACCUUUUUGCAGCUGAUACAAAAAAUUUCAGAACUCCACAGACUAAACGACGAGGUCGUCGGCGUUUAUUUGAACGUUAAUCCGUCGAGCGUCGAGCCACUACUGAUCGAAAUAUUCGACUUGAAACACUGAUCAACACACAUCCUUGCCUGUGUUUACGUUGAGCGAAUAAUACAGACGAUCGCACGAAACGAGCUCUCGAAGUUUGUUGACGUUGCUCGACCGCUAAGUAUUCGGAUGUAAACAAAGUCAACGAUUCUGUAAUAUUUUCUUAUUCUACUUCAUUCACUUCGAUACUCGGAAUUAAUUAAUCGAGUCAGUGAACUAUAUUGUUGCGAAGGAUAACUCCUCACGGCCGUGACUCUUG